AAUAUCGGAGAACCUUAAGCGGGAGUAACUAUCCUUGGUCUUGAAACGCACACUGUACUGCAGCAGGAGAGGCUGAAACGGGGGAUGUGUACGCAGGAGAGCUCCUCUGCUCCUUCAGUUGAGAGUAGGUACAAACGCGCUUAAGACUCAAUAUGCUGAACGGGACAAUCUAAGGCGUGAGCUUCUCCGAAGCCGUCGCUUCUAACAGCUGACGAUCGGCCGAAAAUGGUGCCAAACAACUCCUUCAAACACCUGGGCGUAGAGGACGGGUUUUAUCUUAUGAAUUUGUCUGCAAACGACACACACAGCGAUUCUCACGGCAGUGCAAUCCUCAUCUCCUUCAUCUACUCCGUGGUAUGCUUGGUCGGGUUGUGUGGGAACUCCAUGGUAAUUUAUGUGAUCUUCAGGUAUGCAAAAAUGAAGACGGCGACCAACAUUUACAUUUUGAACUUGGCGAUCGCAGAUGAGUUACUAAUGCUGAGUGUGCCCUUUUUGGUGACUUCGUCGCUUCUUCAUCACUGGCCGUUUGGUUCGCUUCUGUGCCGCCUUGUCCUGAGUGUCGAUGCUAUAAAUAUGUUUACUAGUAUUUAUUGCCUUACAGUGCUCAGCAUAGACCGUUACAUUGCUGUGGUGCACCCCAUAAAAGCUGCCAGAUACCGAAGACCCACGAUAGCAAAGAUGGUAAACUUGGGGGUAUGGAUCUUCUCUAUUUUGGUCAUUAUUCCCAUCAUAAUAUUUUCUACUACAGCGCCAAAUUCUGACGGUUCCGUCGCCUGCAAUAUGCAGAUGCCCGAACCAGAGCGCCAGUGGAUGGCCGUGUUUGUGAUCUAUGCCUUUCUGAUGGGGUUUCUAUUCCCCGUAAUUGCGAUCUGCUUGUGCUACGUUCUCAUUAUCGUGAAGUUAAGAGUGGUAGCGCUGAAGGCGGGCUGGCAACAGCGCAAGAAGUCCGAAAGAAAGAUUACCUUGAUGGUGAUGAUGGUGGUUACUGUUUUUGUCAUCUGCUGGAUGCCCUUUCAUAUCGUCCAGCUCAUCAACGUUUUUGUGGAACGUCACAACGCAACUAUCAGUCAACUUGCAGUCAUUUUAGGAUACGCAAACAGCUGUGCUAAUCCUAUACUCUACGGGUUCCUCUCGGACAAUUUCAAACGGUCGUUCCAAAGGAUUUUGUGCCUCCAUUGGAUGGACAAUGCAACAGAGGAUCCAAUUGAUUACUAUGCCACUGCUCUGAAAAGUCGUGCGUACAGUGUGGAUGAAUUUCAACCGGAUAAUAUGGAGUCAGAUAGCACUUAUAGAAAUGGCACUUGUACCUCAAGGACCACGACGUUGUAGCGUAGGGUUGCAAAUUAUAUGAUCCGAGAACAAACCCAUCAAUGUGACCAUUAUCUGUUUCUUUCCAGUUAUUAUUGUUAUUGCAGUAUUCGUU